UAAAAAAAGAGCUAAGUCAGAAGAUGGAGAAUUGAAUGAUUCUCAUGAGGAAGAGGAUGAUAAAAAUGUACAUCCGUUGGUAUCAGUUACAAAGAUAGAUCCUGAUGAAAUACCAGAAGUACCAGCUAAUAAAUUUCUGUUUCGCGCUGGGCCCACAAAUAAUUCUAAUCAAAAAGAGUAUCGGCAACAGCGUUUCGGCGGGCGAGAUCGUAUGCGAAUUCAACGGAAAACUGGUCGAGUUUUCAAAGGUAGAGGAAUCUUUAGAUACCGAACUCCUUCUCGAAGUCGUUCUCGAAGUGUUACUCCACCCCAUUGGAAGCAAGCGCAAAAUCGUACAGUAAAAUUGCAUGAACUGCAUCAAAAAGAUAAUAAGAAGCCUGAAGAUGAUUAUCCAGCUCUUAGUAUUCCAAAGAAACGGAGAUUUGUAGAAAACCCUGGGGAAGAAGAAGAUAUUAAUAACAAAAAUGAUGAUUCUAAUAAUGACAAUCAUGUUUCUGGGCGUAGUAAGCUUUCAAAAGACAAUCAGCUGCAAGAUGACAAAGAGAGGUGGAGAAACGAUGAGAAACAUUACAGAAAUCCAGAUAACAAUGGUAAUAAUAAUUACCGUAUGAAUUUUAGAAACAGAGACUAUGUGGAUUAUAGACGCAGAGACCGAAACCGUGAUUACAAUCAACCAUAUCGGGGUAGGUUUAACUCUAGAGACCGUAGCAGACGUAGCAGAGGUCGUAGAGACUCUAGAGAUCGUAGCAGACGUCGAUCACGGGACCGCGAUGAUCACCACAGGAGCCGUAGAGGCCGUGGCGAUAAACGAAGCGACGAUGAAACACCGCGCUCAAAAGUACGUUCAUCUGUCGAAGUUCAAAACAAAUCAAAAGAUAAGAAAACUCAUACUCCCAGUUCUACAGAAAAACCGAAAUUUGAACGUCGUUCACGAAGCUCUUCGUCAUCUUCUUCUAGUAGUCACUCGAGAAAUUAAAAGCUUACUAUAUUGAAAAUUUUAAUUGUAAUUAAUCAUUAUUUUUUUUCUUCUUAAUAUUACUUUAUAUGUUAUGAAUACCGAUCAGCACGAUUUAUUUGUAUAAUCACACUGUGCGUAUAUUUUUAAACUAUUAGUCUUAGCAAUUUUUCGUUUGCUAUUAUUACUCUUUUUUUUUUCACCUUAAUAAAAAAAAAUAAGUAUGGGAAUAAAUCACAUUAAUGCAUUUUAA